GCAGCCGGUUAAACACAAGGGCUGUUUCCGAGGGGUUUGGGACUGUAGCUCAAUGUCUGGCUUAACACGCUUGAAGCCCUAGAUUUGAUCCCAGGAAUUAAGAAAACAAAAAGGAAAGAUUGGUUCCGACCCACUGUUCGUGGAGGUCCAAGGUUUCUCUCGGACGUGCAGUCAGACUUCCCGCCCUGAGCACUGAACCAAGUCAGCUCAGCCCCUGUAGUUUGAGCAAAUCGCGUGAACCUUUUCCCCGCCCCUUCGGAGACAUUUACCCAAUAGGAGCCCUACAUAGGCGGGGGGGGGGGGUGCUGAUAGGUGGUGCCACGGCCGUGGAGAACUGUGAGAGUCGGAUGUUGGUCAUUCCAGUGCUCCUACACUUGGCCGGAGGGUCCCGGGUGUCAGUAAGGGGGACAGGCGGAGGCGGCGUGCGUGCCUUACGUGAGUGCGUGACUGCGGCGCGUGCGCGAAGCGAGUGGGCGGUGUGGCAGGGUGCACGUGUGUCCCUCUCCGCGACCCCCGCAAUUUAGCGCUGGGUGGCUCCAUGACCCAAGAUACUCCGGCAUCCGCGCCCCUCCCUAAGCGGCCAGUCCCGUUCUCUGGUCCCGCAGGGCCCUCAGGCUUGACCAUCAGCCACAUAUCGCCAUGGUGACUGUGGGCAACUACUGCGAGGCCGAAGGGCCGGUGGGUCCGGCCUGGACGCAGAAUGGCUUGAGUCCCUGCUUCUUCUUCACGCUUGUACCCUCGACACUGAUGGCCCUGGGAACUCUGGCCUUGGUGCUGGCUCUUCCCUGCAAGCGGCGAGAGCGGCCCGCCGGCGUAGACGCGCUGUCAUGGGGGGCUGGCCCUCUCGUCGCUCCCUACGGGCUGCAGCUGCUUCUGGCCACACUUAAGGUGGCGCUGCCCCUGGCGGUCCUGGCUGGCCGGGCGGGCACUGCCCGGGGGACCCCGCUGCCAGGAUACUUAUUGCUUGCCUCCGUGUUGGAGAGCCUGGCCAGCGCUGGAGGUCUGUGGCUGCUCGUGGUGGAACGGAGUCAGGCACGACAGAGUCUGGCAAUGGGCGUCUGGAUCAAGUUCAGGCACAGCCCGGGUCUCCUGCUGUUCUGGACCGUGGCGUUUGCAGCCGAGAAUUUGGCCCUGGUGUCUUGGAACAGCCCGCAGUGGUGGUGGGCAAGGGCGGACCUAGGCCAGCAGGUUCAGUUUGGCCUGUGGGUCCUGCGAUACCUGGUCUCUGGAGGGCUGUUUGUCCUGGGACUCUGGGCCCCUGGACUUCGUCCCCAGUCUUAUACCCUACAGGUUCAUGAAGAGGACCAAGAUGUAGAAAGGAACCAGGUUCGGUCAACAGACCCACAGUCUACUUGGAGGGAUCUUGGCAGGAAGCUCCGCCUACUGAGUGGCUACCUGUGGCCUCGGGGGAGUCCAGCUCUGCAGCUGGUUGUGCUCAUCUGCCUGGGGCUUAUGGGAUUGGACAGAGCACUCAACGUGUUGGUCCCCAUCUUCUAUAGGGACAUUGUGAACUUGCUGACUGAGCAGGCACAUUGGAGCUCCCUGGCCUGGACUGUUACUACCUAUGUCUUCCUCAAGUUCCUGCAGGGAGGUGGCACUGGCAGUACAGGCUUUGUGAGCAACCUGCGCACAUUCCUGUGGAUCCGAGUGCAGCAGUUCACGUCACGUCGCGUGGAGCUGCGCCUCUUCUCCCACCUGCAUGAACUCUCACUGCGCUGGCACCUAGGCCGCCGCACAGGGGAGGUGCUGCGGAUUGUGGACCGGGGCACAUCCAGCGUCACAGGGCUGCUCAGUUACUUGGUUUUCAAUGUCAUCCCCACACUGGCCGACAUCAUCAUUGGCAUCAUCUACUUCAGCAUGUUCUUCAAUGCCUGGUUUGGCCUCAUUGUGUUCCUGUGCAUGAGUCUCUACCUCAUCCUGACCAUUGUGGUCACAGAGUGGAGAACCAAGUUUCGCCGUGCUAUGAACACACAGGAGAAUGCCACCAGGGCGCGAGCAGUGGACUCUCUGCUAAACUUUGAGACGGUGAAGUACUACAAUGCCGAGAGUUAUGAAGUGGAACGCUAUCAAGAAGCCAUCAUCAAAUACCAGGGUUUGGAGUGGAAGUCAAGCGCUUCACUGGUUUUACUGAAUCAGACCCAGAACUUGGUGAUUGGACUUGGGCUCCUCUCUGGUUCCCUUCUUUGUGCGUACUUUGUCAGUGAGCAGAAGCUACAGGUUGGGGACUUUGUGCUCUUUGGCACUUACAUCAUCCAACUGUACAUGCCUCUCAACUGGUUUGGCACCUACUACAGGAUGAUCCAAACAAACUUCAUUGACAUGGAGAAUAUGUUUGACCUGCUGAAAGAGGAAACAGAAGUGAAGGACCUUCCUGGAGCAGGACCCCUUCACUUUCAAAAGGGUCGGAUUGAGUUUGAAAAUGUGCAUUUCAGCUAUGCUGAAGGGCGGGAGACCCUGCAAGACGUUUCCUUCACAGUGAUGCCUGGACAGACACUGGCCCUGGUGGGUCCAUCUGGGGCAGGCAAGAGCACAAUUUUGCGCCUGCUGUUUCGCUUCUAUGAUGUUAGCUCUGGCUGUAUCCGAAUAGAUGGGCAGGAUAUUUCACAGGUGACCCAGCUCUCCCUUCGGUCUCACAUUGGAGUCGUGCCCCAGGAUACUGUCCUCUUCAAUGAUACUAUUGCUAACAAUAUCCGUUAUGGCCGCGUCACAGCUAGGAACAAUGAGGUGGAGGCUGCUGCUCAGGCUGCAGGCAUCCAUGAUGCCAUCAUGUCUUUCCCUGAAGGGUAUGAAACAGAGGUGGGCGAGCGAGGACUGAAGCUGAGUGGUGGGGAGAAGCAGCGAGUGGCCAUCGCCCGCACCAUUCUCAAAGCUCCAGACAUCGUUCUGUUAGAUGAGGCAACAUCAGCACUGGAUACAUCUACUGAGAGGGCUAUCCAGGCUUCUCUGGCCAGAGUCUGUGCGAACCGCACCACCAUCGUGGUGGCACACAGGCUCUCAACUGUGGUCAAUGCUGACCAGAUUCUUGUCAUCAAGGAUGGCUGCAUCAUAGAGAGAGGACGGCAUGAGGCUCUGUUGUCCCGAGGUGGGGUGUAUGCAAACAUGUGGCAGCUGCAGCAGCAGGGACAGGAAGAAGUCUCUGAAGACGCCAAGCUAGAUGACACCAUGACACAGUGACAAAAGUUGUGGCCUCUUCCCUCCCCAAGGCUAACUCAGGGGAAUAUGUCCUUUUCCCUGGAUUUCAUCUGGUCUAGGGAUUUGGUGCUAGUGUUGUGAGGGAAAGGAACCUUUAAGAAAAGCACUCUUGGAGAAAUAAAAGUGAAGUGUG